UGUGUGUGUGAGAGAGAGAGAGAGAGAGAGAGAGUGUGUGUGUGUGUGUGAGAGAGAGAGAGAGAGAGAGAGAGUGUGUGUGUGUGUGUGAGAGAGAGAGAGAGAGAGAGAGAGAGAGUGUGUGUGUGUGUGUGUGUGUGUGUGUGAGAGAGAGAGAGAGAGAGUGUGUGUGUGUGUGUGUGUGUCUUAGCAGGUGAAAAUAUCUUGAAAAUAGUAAAAUGUAAGCUUGAAAUUGUCUUGUUCUAUUGGCAGAUAAUUUUUUUUUGCAAAUUUUAAGCAUUUAUUUAUAGAAAGAACAAAAUCAUCUGCCAAUAGAAAAAGAAAAUGUAAUGCUUGCAAUGAGUAAAAAUGUAAUGAUUAAAAUCUUAUUUAAUAAAUGUGGUUUAGCGUACUCCUUGAGCUUCUUGAAUCUAAAAAGCAUCUAAACUCUACAGAUUCCUUUAUCAUGAUACAUACAGUUCUGUGUAAAAGUCUUAGUCACAUGUAAAGAAAUGCUGUAGAGCAAAGACGCCUUCAGAAAUAAUGAAACUAAAUGUUUCUACAUUAAAAAAAUCCUAUAAAGAGCAGUAAACAGUAAUAAACUGAACAAAGUCAGUAUUUAAUGUGAUGAUCCUUCACUUUAAAUAAAUAAAGAAGUAUCUGAGGUGCAGUGUGUGCAGUUUUAUAAGGAAAUGAGCUGGAAGUGUUACUGAGCAUCUUGCAGAAGCAGCCACAGUUCUUCUGGAGACUUUGACUGUCGACUCGCUUCUUAUUUCUGCAGCGAAACCCAGCAGCCUUCAUUAUGUUUUUAUCUGAAAAGUGUCUCUUAUGGAAUCUGCUGCUUUGUUUACUGACAUACAAACAUUUUUCUGUAACGUUUCAUUUUGUGCUGGAAAACUAAUGUUUGGAAUCUAAAAUGGUUUUGUACUGAAUCAAUAAUGUAGAAGUCAGAAAAUAAACAUCUAGUAAAGACUUUACACAGUCCUGUACACCGUUCAACACAAAUUCAUCUGUAUGUCCGGCGUUCGCUGAGCACUGCAGUAGGGUUAGUAGGGUUAGGCUCAGUGUGAAGUACAGUAGACAGUAUUAGUACACCUGGGCAAUCCCACAAUGCACUGCAGCAGGUUAAUGUCCAAAUGAUGUACCUGAGUGUGUUUACCGGGCGGAGGGAGCAGGACACCAUUCAGGACACGACUUAUAUCAAGGUUACAGGUACAAGCAGCAAAUACAAGUCAUUUUAAAUAAAGCAUGAACACCACACAGGAAGCAGAAUUGAUUUAAUUUGAUUUAAAUAACUGCAUUAAGCAGAAUGUAAAGACCACCAGCUCAAACACAGAGGCAGUAUCAGGUUAUAAACAAAUAAAUAAAAUAAUAAAAGAAAACAAACCAGUGACUUUCUGUGCAGUUUUGCUGUACUCCAUUAUGAGAGAACACUACAGGUUCCUACCUGUUUAUUAUAUUUAAUCAUAUUUAAGCUUUAAUAAUGCUCUGACUCACAUCACAUCACAGUGAACAUCAUCUUUAAUAGUUAAAUCUUAAUAUAUUAAACAUCACACAUUAAAAACAUGUCUAUAACUAGUUAAUCUCCUUCAUACACUUCAUCAUUUAUUACUUUAUUAUUUUAACUCCACUACACACACUUCACAUUUCAGAAUUAAACACAUUUAUUCAGUAAAAAUGUGCUAUUAAAAUAAAAAUAAAGUUCUAUUCCAGUUCAUUUAUCAUUAAAUAGUUUUACAGUAAAACACUAAACACGUUUAAGUUUUAAUGUCCUUCAUUAAUUUACCAGUUUAUAGUAAUCUUUAAAUAUCUCAUUAGCAGUGCAGUAAUGUAUGCUAGCCGAAGACAAACCACGUGACGUAGUCGGCGCGUGUACACGUCAUCGAAGCGCGACGAAGUGAGUUUGACUGUAGUGGCGGGGAAUGACCGCGAAUCAUUACAGAGCAAAGAAUUAGUUUAAAGUAAAGACACUAUAAUUUUUAGUUUAAUUUUUAGACAGUAUGUAUUUGGGAUUGUUGUGUGAGCUCGCAGAAUGACCCAGUCGGUUGUUAUUCAAGUGGGUCAGUGUGGUAAUCAGGUGGGCUGCAGAUUCUGGGAUCUCGCACUCAGAGAACACGCACACGUCAACAAGAGAGGAAUUUAUGACGAGGCACUGAGCAGCUUCUUCAGGAACGUUGACCCGAGGAGGAGUGAUGGAGGUGGUGGAGCUCCUGGAAGCAGAAUUACAGCACUGAAAGCUCGAGCGGUGCUGAUAGAUAUGGAGGAAGGGGUUCUCUCUCAGGUUCUGUGUGGACCCCUGCAGCAGCUCUUCAGCUCCACUCAGCUCAUCAGCAACUCCUAUGGCUCCGGAAACAACUGGGCAGUAGGACAUCACACGUAUGGCUCUGUGUACCGUGAGCAGAUUGUGGAUCAGAUCCGGCGAGCAGCAGAACACUGUGACUGUCUGCAGUGUUUCUUCCUCAUUCACUCUAUGGGGGGAGGGACUGGGUCAGGCUUGGGGACGUGUGUGUUAAGGCUCCUG